UGGGGGGGAAGCCAGGGGGGAGGUGACUCUCCCCAGCUCUCAUGGCCGGGGCCCCGGGGUGCCAGGCUCUGGGGGGGCUGUGGCUGGGGGGAGCCGCGGCCCUGGGGGUGCUGGCCUGUCUCAUCGCCCUCAUGGCCCAGCAGGCCCACCUGGGAGCCCUGCGGGGGGAACUGACCCAGCUCCGGGGGGAGCUGGUGGCCGCCAGGAGGGGAGAGAAUCAGGGGCCCGGGGAGCUGGAGUCCCCCCUGGCUGCGGGGGUCCAGCCCCCCCUGGUUUGGCGAAGGGGGAAACGGGGCUCCGAGGGGAUCUCAAGGCAGCAGGAUCAGCGGCAGCAGCACAGGAAACGCUCGGUUCUGCACCUGGCCCCCAGCCAUCGCUCCACCAACAAUGAGGGGGACAUGACUGAGAUCUGGUGGCAGCCGUUCCUGCAGCAGGGCCGGGCGCUGGAAGUGAGCGGCCCGGACGUGACCGUGAAGCAGACGGGAUUGUACCUCGUCUACAGCCAGGUGCUGUUCCACGACCCCACGUUCACCAUGGGGCAGGUGCUGUGGCGGGCGUCGGCCGGGGGGCCGGGGCAGAUCUUGCUGCGCUGUGUGCAGAGCAUGCCCCGCGAGCCGGAGCAGGCUUACAACAGCUGCUACAGCGGAGGCGUUUUCCAGCUGCACCGUGGGGACCAGCUGAGUCUCCGUGUGCCCCGGGCCAACGCGUCCCUGGACCUCAGCCCGCACGGGACCUUCCUGGGCCUGGUCCGUCUGUAGGGGGCCGGCCACCCCCCCCUCCCCGCCCCCAGGAGAGUGAGGGACCCAGGCGUCCGGGGAGCUGCAGAGGCACUCGGCCAGACGGAACCCAGGCAUCCGGGGAGCUGCAGAGGGAAUCGGCCAGAUGGAACCCAGGCAUCCGGGGAGCUGCAGAGGGAAUUGUCUGGGAGGGACCCAGGCAUCCGGGGAGCUGCAGAGAGACUCGUCCAGAAAAGGGACCCAGGCAUCCGAGGAGCUACAGAGGGAAUUGUCUGGGAGGGACCCAGGCAUCCGGGGAGCUGCAGAAGGACUCGGCCAGGAAAGGGACCCAGGUGUCCGGGAAGCUGCAGAACGACUCGGCCACUCAGGCAUCCAGGGAGCUGCAGAGGGAAUCGUCUGGAAGGGACCCAGGCGUCCGGGGAGCUGCAGAGAGACUUGGCCAGAAAGGGGACCCAGGCGUCCAGGGAGCUGCAGAGGGACCGGGCCAGAAGGG